CAUUGGUAGGCAAAAAUUUGCAUUAAUUUUAUGUGUUGUUAAACAAGUUUCCUUAUGUUCUGCGGUUCACUUCUAUCCUUAUUCGCUUCUGGUUGGGUCAAGCGAAGAUGGUUCCACUCACUUACAUCGCAACUGUGUUAAGCGCCAAUUUUUUGUGUGCUUUUUCGGGAAGCGAAGACGUCGCGUCCUCGACUUGUCUCACGGGUGAUCAGACGCUUUACGACUUCGAUGAUCAGUUUCUUGUCGGAGGAAAAAACUUUUCGUACUCGCAGAAUGCCGGCCAAAUUGUGCUCGUCGCAAACGUGGCGUCAUUUUGAGGCCUAACCGUACAACAGUAUCACCAAAUGAAUGCAUUAAUCGAUGAGUUUAAGGAUGCUCCGUGUCCUUUCAAAAUCUACGGUGUUCCGUGUAAUCAGUUCGGAUUACAGGAGCCUGGAGUUGGAAUUGAAAUUUUGAAUUCAGUGAGAUAUGUAAGGCCAGGUUAUGGCUUUAUUCCGAGGCUUUCUCUGUUGGUCAAACGGGAUGUUAACGGAGAGAAAGAAGAUAAGCUUUUUACAUGGCUGAAGUCCUUGUGUCCAAAUCCUACCACCCUGAUUGGCGACCCAAGCAAUCUCUUCUUCUCUCCCAUUCGCACCACUGACAUCACGUGGAAUUUCGAAAAAUUCCUGAUCGACCACCAUGGUAACCCUAGAAAGCGUUAUCCGCCGAGAUUUCAGCCCAUGAACCUCAAGGAAGAUGUCCAGGAAUUGAUGAACGAAUGUAAGAGGAGCAAAGCGCGCCAUUUCCUCGCGCAGAAGCCAUUUCAUUAAAAUUUUCAAUAUCCAGACGCGGUUUUGGCUUUCAAAACCGGAGAGUUUGUGAGACGACCAUACUGGUCAAAUUCUAUUAGAUCUAGCGUGUGUUAUUGUGAAUUUAAGUCGUUUUGGGUGUUGUAUAGGCGGGAAGUGUAUGUCUAUUUCUUUGUCUUUUUGAGAUUAGUUUUUUCAGCAUUUUAGAAUUAAUUCACAAACAGAGAAAAUUCCAACCCAACGCAAAAUUUUGCCUGAUGGAAAGAUGAAACUAUGCAUGCAGUAAGUUUUAAUUGAUCUUUACAGCCUAAAUACAUCGAAUUUUAAUAACGUUAAAUAACUGAUAUUUCUAAGUUGAUGAAGGCCUUGCUAUAAACUGCUACAGCAGAUGGUUUUGCCUGAUGUUGAAACUUUAUCGUUAUGAAGUCUUUAAUGCAUUCAACUUUGUAAUGUGCGAGUUACCGUGCUUAGAAUUUCAUUAAAACAACGAUUU